AUGGAUGACGUCCCCUCUGUCUUUCUGCAGUCCAGAUUCGGCGCCGUCAGUGCACUAACGUUUGAUAUAUUAAACGACAUAGACCCAGACAUGGCUAUGGGGCUGUAUAUCGAUACGGCCUGCUUUGCAAGCAGAAAGCUCGUAGCCCAGGCCGGAUCGCUCAACAAAUUCACGGGACAGCACAAACGGCCGAUUCUCCUAGGUCCGGACAACUGCUCUCAUCCGGUCCAAAUCAAAUCUAAGAAGCAUUUCACUCAGGUACAGUAUUCAAGCAGCACCGUGUAUGAGUACUUUAAUGCAAAAGAGUUUGUGGGUCUCAUCAAUGAUUUGAAGCCGACAUUUUUUGUUCUUCCUAAUCCCCUGCCUCUUCCUAAAAGUCUAACAGGAGCCUCGCCAAAGCCAUCCGAUAUUAUUUUACAUUGCAAUGCAUCGACUGACUGGCUUGCUAUAGCAGACACUGCAAGGAAUGCUCUGAUAGCAGUCACCGAGGAGACUCUCCGCUACAAUGACCCGCUGCCAAAGCCAGAGCUGUACGCGAGCUACCUAGAUGUUAUCAGCAAAUCUAAGGGUCCCUUCUUCCUACCGUAUCUAUCCCAGCUUCCUGUCAUUCGUGACGUCUGUAAAGCCCGUGGAUACCCUACUCGCAUCGUUGUAGCUUCUGGAAGCACUCUCGUCUCUCUGCUGACGGCCUUGCAGUAUGAAUCUGUCAGUGUCAUAACUGAUAUAGUGUCACUGUACUCUGAACAAGGAAUAGCCAUCACUGUCCCCUUGGAUCUCUUUACUAAACAAGUGGAGGUACAAGAGGACCGGGAGCCCCUGCGUAAGCAUACCAUUGGCACGGGUGUGUAUCCCUCAGAGACUAAAGAGCAUCGAAUGCUCACCUAUCUAGACUCCUCCAUGUACGCAACAGACCAGGAGCCUCUAGACAAGACGUGCCCGUGUCUGGGAUGUAAGCGACCGAAGGCGUACUUACGCCACCUUUAUACCACACACGAGCUGACAGGAUUACUUCUAGUAGCUGCACACAACGUAACGUGGAUAAAGCGAUUCCUACUUCUUCGGCAGAGGUGCCUCGAGCUGCACGGACCCAGCUUGCUGAGUGAGUUAGUUCGCAGUAUGCUGAGUGCUCUAGCACAUUAG